AUGGGGAUUAGGCCAUCGUCUGUUCCUAUGGGUCUGGCACCAACAAAUGGUUUUUAUCAUGGUUCCAAACUCAGUGUUGGUGUGGGAAUGAUUAAAAGAAAUUCUACUUUGGGAGCGUCCACACUCCCACUUUCACCACUGAUUGUCACUUCAAUACGGAUUAAUCAUGUUAAUACUAAAAUUACUUUAAUUUACUAUUCAGGUUCCCUUCGAGUCACAGCUGAUUUCUUUGAAAACAAGAAAUCAGAAGUUUGCAGUUACAUUAAGAGGUGGGGACAAGGACGUGGUGAGAGACACAACUGGUUUGUUACCAAGUAUCCCUACCAUGAAGUCAAGGCUGGAUUUGGGUCAGAUUUUGUGUCUGCUGAAAUGUAUGGGCACAUACUUCAGUGGCUCGGGCAAUCCUUGACACGCCGUCUAGUGAGAGAUAAACGUCGCCCUUACACUAAGCCAGUGACUCAGAUCUUUACUGUGCCGGAACUUCCAAUGGAGUACACACAGGCUGCAUGGCACUGCAUCGGUAUGUGGCCAUUAAGGAAGUAAUCAUAUUCCUUGCUGAGAAACUGACAGGGAGAACCUACUCUUCAAUCAACCCAGAGUGUCAAGGGACAGAAUUGCAUUCAAAAGAGCUUUAAUUGCAUAAUUAUGAUGCUCCUUUGAAAGGGUUACUGUUUUAAUGAAUGCAGCCAACUCAUUGAUGCCUUGAUGUGGUUUGGUUGUUCUCUGUACCUUUCUUUCAUUCACAUAUGGACCCGUGAAGAUUCCAGGGUAGAACAGGU